AUGGAGGGAAAGCAAAAACGACAAGAAAGCUUUGCAUGUGUGACGUACCCUCUAUUUCACCCUCUCACUCCAAAUUUCCUGCUUUCCCUCCUCCAGAACACGCAGUGCGGUGGGACGGUGGAGAUAGAGGGCGAGAGCUACGUGGUGCUGGGGGUGACGUACCAGUACCGGCUGCACAAGGGUCGGUACACUGCCAGGGAGCGACACGCUCACUACAAAUGCUCCCUUUGUCCCCCUGGAACACUCAGUGUGGCGAGAGAGAGUGAAGUUUUCAGGAGAGAGCUAUGUGGUGCUGGGGGGUGGCGUAUCCACUCCCCCCACCCCAGUCAUCAAUGUUCCUCUGUUUCCCCCUUCCAGAACACCCAUUGUGGAGAGACAUUGGAGAUCGAGGGCGAGAGCUACGUGGUGCUGGGGGUGGCCUAUUGGUACCGGCUGCACAAGGGUCGCAAAACAGUGGAGAUUGAAGGCGAGAGCUACGUGGUGCUGGGAGUGGCGUAUCGGUACCGGCUGCACAAGGGCCGAGAGGAGAUUGAAGGGGAGAGUUAUGUGGUGCUGGGACUUUUGAGACGUCUCAAAACAUCUCUUUUAUCAGAGAGUUACAUGGUGCUGGGAGCGACGAAUCCACCCUCUCACCCAACCUCUCGCCCCAAAUGGCCCUCCGUUCCCCUCCAGAACACACAAUGCGGCGAGACGGUGGAGAUUGAAGGCGAGAGCUACGUGGUGCUGGGAGCGACGAAUCCACCCUCUCACCCAACCUCUCGCCCCAAAUGGCCCUCCGUUCCCCUCCAGAACACACAAUGCGGCGAGACGGUGGAGAUUGAAGGCGAGAGCUACGUGGUGCUGGGAGUGACGUACCGGUACCGGCUGCACAAGGGCCGGUACACCGCCAGGGAGCGACAGCUGGACGUGCAGUCCCGAGGAAGGUUCCUCGUGAACAUGUACCUCACAGAUAUGCUGGACAGGUCGUGA